GCGAACAGUAAGUAAAUUCAAAUUCUGUAUAUAAUCGAAUUCAAAACCCCAGAUUCAUCUCUCUCUACACACGCACACGCACUCUGUAAGCUUUUCUUGAGGCAUGAGUUGAUUGUUAAUUGCAGAAAAGCAGGUGCGCGAAGAAAAUUGAGGUCGAGGGCUUGCUGAGCGAGUUUUCAGCUAGUAGAUUGCUCGUGCUAUUUGUCUACUUUCGGGAAGAAGAGCAUUUUGUAUGCUAGAUUACAACUCAAGUUGUAGUGAUGGAGGCGCUUUACAGAAAGCUCUAUGAAAAAUACUCCAAGCUCAAGAAUGAAAAAGAAUCUCAGUUCGACAAGCUGAACUAUGAUCAAGAAGUGAAUUUCUUGAAUUUUGAAGCUGCUGCUGAUGAGAUGAUACAGUACUUGAAAAGUGAGAAUGACAAGCUGAAUGGGCAAGUUGCCGAAUUGAAAAGUGAACUUUCCUCAAUCAGAUCUUCAAGUGAGGAAAAACAUAGCCAGGACCAAAAGCUUUUGAAAGAACAGAACCAAAAGAGUAAGGAAAGUAGUCUUAAUUUAUAGCAUGUCGUACCGAACGUUUCUUGUAAUUUCUAAUUGCGGUAGUACUGAUCUUGGACUUCUUAGUUUUAGAAGUUAGGAAAAAAGUGAGCGGCAUCUAAAUAUAGAGAUUUGUAUCAUCAACACAUACACCUUCCUCUUCGAGAUAUUGGAAGUAGUUAAAAUUUUUGUUUUGGAACAAUACAUGCAGACCCCUAUAUUCUAUCAAGGCAAAAACGAGUCAGCAAGUAAUUCUUUUUCUAAAGAAAGGCCAAAAACUUUGAGAGAUAAUGUUUCUGGCUUUCUCACCAAAACAUCACUCUGUUAUGACCCAUCUAAUGUACGACUGCUGUUCUUUUAGGAGCCGUUUAGAGAUAUUGUCUGACAAGUAAUGAUAAUCCAACUUCGUAUAUGAACUAGCAUGCCCACGGAUAAGUACUCAAGAUGAAUUGUAACUUCUCGCAGUAGUUUCCUCACAAUCUAUUUUGAGUUCCUUUCGUAAAACUGCACGUGCUAAGGUAUGCUCUUAUACGUAAAAUAUUGUGAGGAAUGAGGACACAAUCUCUUAUACGUAUCUGAAAAUAUUGUGAUGUCCUACUGUGUUUAUAACUAAAGUAGAUUACUCUUGCUUGUACACAACAUUCUUUUAGUACUACGUAUACUCGGAUUUCCCUAUGGAUUUGUAUUAAUGUUUUAACUCUUCUUUAUGCGCGGUGUUGUAGUAAAGGAACUCUCAGAAGAAAUUGCCCGGCUUCAAAGUAAUGAACAUAAUCAAUGCUCUUACUGUACCAUACCUGGGGAAAUUGUACCUGAGCAGGACGCAUCACAUGAUGAUACUCCAUCUGAAGGAAUGGGCCGUGACUCGGUUAAAAACCUUGUGAAAAAACGUAAAACUGUGCUUCCUACUGAAGUUACAGCCACUCCCUCAGUGAAUACAGAAUCCGAACAUGUGCAUUUGUCUAAGCCCGUCUGCUUUGAAGAGAAUAUUUUACAUUCAGAUGGUGACUGUGUGUAUCGGAAUCUUGUCGAGUUUGUUAUUGGCAUGAAAGUCUCACCUAUUGCUCAAAGUAGUGGCCAACUGUCUAUGUUGGCCCGUCAUCCAUCCAGUGGCUAUUCCUUCAGCCUGACAUGGAUAAAAAAUUCACGAGGAGAAGUGGAAUUGAUGUACAAUGUGUUAUCUUUGGGUACAAUCGAGCGAGUUGCACACGAGUGGAUGAAGGAGACAAUUAUCUUUAGCACAAGUAUGUGUCGCCUCUUUUUUGAGAGAGUUUCUCGGGUUAUCGAUCGUUGAUAGUUGAUUUUUUUCUUUGACUUGUUUCUUUCCAUGUUGGCCAAUGUCUUGAACAUUUGUGAUAAAGAGUUAGGCUUGAGAAUUCGGAGCACUUUGUCUGCAGAGUAACCAUUUAACCAGUAGAACAGUAGUCUUUGGCAUGAAUUUUCGAAAUUGAUUUACAGUGUCACCUAUGAGAUUGUGCAUUUUAACUUUCCUUUAUGGUUCAACUGUAUGCAGCUUCUCAAGUUGGACAACAAACGACACUCUCUCGUUUUUCAAAACGAAGCAUUUCAGUAAAUCAAGCAUGGAAUAUGGGUUUUAAGAUNAAGAAAAAAAAAAAAAA